CGUCGCAAUAUACUUGCUUUGUGACCUUUUCCCAACAACGAUGGCGACAAACCAGGACCAGACUACUAGCCAGAAGCCUGGCCACCCGCCCGCUCAAGCAACGCUCCACGAGGUGCGGACUGCCGAAAACAGUGCGGCCUUUUUGCUUCCCAAACUGCAGGAUAUGAAAAAUGUCAAUCCAGAUUUGAAGCUACUAGACGUUGGUUGCGGCUCAGGUACCAUCGCAGCGAGCUUCGCAAAACUCAUUCCCGAGGGUCGCGUCACAGGCAUUGACGUCAACUCCAGCAUCUUACCUCGGGCGCGCGCCGUCGCGGAAAUGAAUGGCGUCGCCAACAUCGAGUUCCAGGAAGGCAGCAUUUUCCAGCUUCCCUUCGCCGACGAGACAUUCGACGUAACGUUCUGUCAUCAGGUACUUAUCCACAUCGGCACGCCUUGGGAUGCGCUGCGUGAAAUGCUGCGAGUAACAAAGCGAGGCGGCAUUGUCGCGGCACGCGAGGGUGACUACGAGUCGGAGUGUAUCUGGCCUGAGCUCCCCGGAUUGAAAAAGUUCCAUGCGCUCAUGGCAGGCUGCAUGAAGGCAGGUGGUGGAAAUCCGACUACAGGCCGGCUAUUGCUUUCGUGGGCGCUCAAGAUUGGCGUCGAGCGAAGCCAUGUUCAGUCGAGCUUCGGUACAUCGUCGUAUGAUACACCGAGUGGUCGAAAUACUUGCUCAAAGGGAUUGCGCGAUCAACUCAGAGGAGGUUCUUUGCGUGAGAAAGCCUUCAAAUAUGGUCUUGGCUCUGAAAAUGACCUUGACGAGAUGAUUGAAGCGUGGGAAGAAUGGGAGAAAAGAGAUGACGCAUCUUUGUCCAUGCUGCAAGGAGAAAUUCUCAUUCAAAAGUGAUGUCGAAAUCGCGAGUGAUGUGGGAAUUCAUGCCUCGGGAACAGAACGUCUGUUGGGCCGAGGUCCCUUCUUGCAUCGAACUACCCUAUUGAGUAGGUAGUCUCGGCCAGAUCUCAUGUACUGUCGCUGAGUAGGAUUUGCCAAUUCAGACGUGUGAUGGAGGAACAGUAGUUCUUUCUUGGUAAAGUGGGCCUGCGUGUACUCGGUGUUGGUUGGUAGCGGGGAAAGCUAGUAGCAUGGGGAAGUUGACAUGUAUAUCAGGCGCUCUUCAAAGCCCACCGAGAUGCUUCACGUGAUCUGAUCGAUGCCAUUACUGAUGGUAAUUCACUAUUCACCUCACGUUUGAUCCUUUGGCAUAUAUUAAUUGAGUGUGUUUCUAACUUUGUGUGGCGAAUGAUGCAAGCCCAGGACGGUUACAAGAUUGGCGGAUCAACUAUACCUCAUCUUGAUAACGGGAAUGUCAUCCCAAUCGUAGCGGGGGCGGGAAGCGGAAGUUCACGAGCUGAAAGCACCAAUUAAAUUGUUUUAAGAGGUAAUCGAAAAGCAAAUUAACGUCGCUCCAGCCGAUAUUCUGGGGAAGUUAGCAUCCAGAGAUGUCACUCUACGCGAGCUAGUGUUAGCCUAAGGCCAGAUUAAGAACUUCUCAUACUGCCAAGUAGCAAUUUAGACGUAACCAAGGUAAGUAUACAGCAAGUUCCCUAUACAACAGAUCACGUGUGACCAAGAAUCCAACAUUCCACAAGUGAUUUAGGGCAUCACCAAGAGGUCUAACAUGACCCUGCUGCGCUGCCAUGAGACUUGGCUGUAAGCAGCC